AUGGCUGGCUCUUAUGAUGGAUAUCGUGAUGUAAAUAAACUCCAACACCGAAGUGGUAACGCACAAAGGCCUCCUCAAUUUCGUGAUUAUGAUCCUACAUACCCAGAGCAUUCUCCUAAUAAUUUCGAGUACUCUUUGCCUGAUUUGAAGUAUUCCAAAACAACCACAGGAUAUGAAGAAAAUCAAAAUUAUAGGCAAGAUUCAAUGAGCCAUACAUUAAAAGAUAGAGAUCUGUAUUAUCCAAGCAAUAAUCCUGCAUAUAAUAUUCCAAUGCCUGAGCAUUCAUAUCAUCUGGGUCUUCCUCCAAAGCAGGGUAAUUUGCAGGAAAUUCUUCCAAAUGAAGUAGCAGUCUUUCAAAAAAUUGAAAAUGCUUUAAGAAAUCGCCAAUUAAACACAAUUAAUGCUUUUUUAUUUUUCGACAUGGAAAAUGCUGGGAUUUUGUCUCCAAACCAAAUAAGAGAAGCUUUAACGAAUAGACUCAAUCUUUGUCUUUCUGAAGAGGAAAUACAAACAUUCAUCAAUAAAUGUGACCUCGCUCAAGGAGGAAUUACGAAACAGAUUUUUUGUGAAUUGUUCUCUAAUUUAGACCAAAGCAUAAUGAAUCCUGCUGAAUUUGAACAGUGGAAAGAAAAUGUGCUUAAUAGGGUUAGAGAAAGAAUUCAAGAAAAAAAUCUCAGCAUUUGGCAAACUUUUGAAGCAUUUGAUAGCAAUAAGGAUGGAAUUAUAUCUGCUUCAGAAUUUAAAGAAACAUUUAAAAUAAUGAGGCUUGGAUUGAGGGAUGAUGAAAUUGAUAAAAUCUAUACAUAUUUUGACCCCAGAGGAAUUGGGAUGAUUGACUACAGGACUUUUUGUGACAUAAUUCACCAAAGAUAUUUAAUCCCAGCUGAGUUUAAUCCAGCAUCUAUUUUUAUCAGAGUUGGAAAUAUUAUUAAAGACAGCCAAGUCACUUUAGUCCAUGCUUUCAGAGUUUUUGAUGAAAAUAGAGACAAUCAAAUUUCCAUGCAAGAAUUUUUUAAAGUUUUCCAAAAAAUGAACUUGGGAUUAACUUUAAAAGAAAUUGAGUGCUUGUGGGACUAUUUGCCUAAGAAUCCAAGAGGUUACUUGGAUUAUCAAGGAUUUUGUGAUGCAAUGGAAGGGAAUUUUGAUCACAGGAAUUACAUUUCAAAUAAUUCAAAUAAUAGAGUGUAUGUAGACCCAAAUCCAAUGCCGCCUCUUUCAAUCCUAAGAGAGCAUAUCCAGUCUCAGCUUCAAUAUAAAGGCACUACAAUAGGUGCUUAUUUUAGAGCAUUUGACCAUGAUAUUAAUGGCCAGCUUAAUAUUGAUGAAUUUAGAUCAGCUUUAAGACAUUUAAAUUUAGAUUUAAAAACUCAAGACAUUGAAGCUCUCAUAGAAGCUGCAGACCUCAACAAAGACGGAAUGAUCUCUUUGCAUGAAUUUAUUGAGUUUAUACAGCCAACUGGCAAUUCUAUAAAUGUCUUCAAAAGAAUGAUGAAAACAAGCGGGAUUUCGCCUUAUGAUAUGUUCCAGAUGUUUGAUAUAAACAGAGAUGGAGUCGUUUCUAUAGAAGAAUUCAAAAAAAUCUGCUCAGGGUUUAAAUUAGCAGCCACAAGUCUCGAAAUUGAGCAGAUUUUCAACGAAAUUGAUAGAAAUAAAGACUGCUUAAUAAGUUACAAUGAAUUUUUAGACGUAAUCAGCAAUCAAGAUUCUAUCCCUCCAGCCCCAGAAAAAGGAAAAUCCAGAGGAAGCGCUCCCCAAAGAAGAAAUAUUCUGGAAAUUGUAGUAAACGCUAUUAAAUCUAGCGGAAUCAAUUUAUAUGAUGCUUUCAAGGUAUUUGACACUGACAAUGAUGGGUAUAUAUCAAAGCAAGAAUUCGCAAGGGUUUUACGUCAAAUGAAAUUUGAUAUCAGUGAUGAUGAAGUAGAAGCACUUUUAUCAAUUGUGGAUACUUCAGGCGAUGAUAGAAUUUCAUAUAAUGAGUUUUUGGAACUUUUUAGAAAAUAUGAUAUGAGCUUUGACAUUCAGGCAUAUACAAAAACCAGCCAAAGAAGUGUAUCAACCUUAUUUAAAGCAAUGGAUCAAUAUAUGGAAGCACAUAACAUAGCUUUUAUAAAGGUAUAUACUCAGAUUUUUGAUAGAAAUAAGGAUUGCUUAAUAUCAAAGGACGAAACUGUAAAAGGGUUUAAUAAAAUGCUAGAUUACCCACUCUCAACUACUGAAAGCAAUGAGCUAAUAAGAGAAUUAUUCCCACAAGGACAUGCUAAAAUUGAUUAUGACUCUUUAAAACGUGCGUAUCAUAAUUACUGCCAAUAA